AUGAGAUCAAACGGCGGAGGAUCCGGCGAUGCCACCAAUAUGUUAUGUCGCCAACUGUUUGUUGGGCAAAUCCCGGGCGAUUGGACCCAAGAUACUCUCUGCAAGCAUUUCUGCGAAUACCUUCACAUUCCGCUCGAAGAAGCUGAGGACGAAAUUCAUUUUGACAGGGAGAUCCCAGAAGAGGAUUACGGUACCAAAAAGAAAAUUGCCUUCAUUCGAUUUGCGAAACCGAUGAUCCACAAAAAAGCACUUGAUAAAACGACGUUCAAAGGAAGUCCAGUUUUACUCAAUAUCAAGCCGUCACAUUGGGAGCUAGAGGAGGAAUCAAACCAAGAAGAUAAGAAGAGAAAACUCUUCAUCGGAAGGCUGAGCGAUCACGUGACAGAAGACGACGUUGAAAAACUUAUUUCAAAAAUCUGCCCCGAUGCAGCGAAGUUGAUCGAGAACGAGUUCCCCCAAGUUCCGGAUAAGAACGAUGGCAAGCCCAAAAUCGCUUUUAUCCAGUUUGAAAAUCACAACGCUGCCUAUUCCUGCAAAGAUGCACUGAAGCGUGUUUUUGAAAACCCUCAACCCGAGGUGAUUUCGUUGUUGGAGCACAUGUGCUGUCGAAAUGCCAAGCUCAAGGAUCUCAUCGACUCUGUCGACUACCACAAACGAGGCAGGAACGAAAUCUUCAGCCUUUCCUCCUCCAAUUCAGUUCGAUCGCUGAACUCUUACAAUGGCGGCAACAUGGAGUUCUGGUACCGCGAAAAUGAAGCCGGCGCGACGAUCCACUACAGAAAAGAUCACGGAAUUAGAAGCGUCUUCAUUCCUUCCGAUCAUUUGAAGAAAAAGCCGCACCCACGAAUUCCUGCGCGUGGCACAAUGGUCGAAUACCGCGAAGUCGUCCCUGGCUUCUCUGACAUGAGCCUUCAUUCGUCAUUGAGCCAGUGCGCCGCGCUUCCUGCUCCAAGACCGAGUCGCUCAUUUUCUCGACUUAGUCAUCACACCACCACUUCGAUGUACUCAUCUCUAGGAGGACACGAGUCUCCAACUGGCCCUCGGCUAAGAAGUUCGCUGAGCGCUCAGCAUCAGUCAAUGCUGUCGAUGAAUCAGCAGAACCCCUACAGCGCGUUCCACAACCCGCACUCUCCCCUCAACUGGAACGGAAGCCGCCUGACUGGAACAGUGUCGGAGUCCUUCAUCAAUCGACAGCACAACCAGCAGAAUCAGAUGUAA